CAGCAUCAUGACUUCGGAUGCAGUCAUCAAUACCUAUCUCUCUCUCUCUCUGUUAUGCGCUUUAAUCAACAUCGCGCCCACAUGCUCACACUUGACACAGGGCCACUCUGGCCCCGGCGCUUUCGGCAUCUGGGUGGUACUGCUGAAUACUUUUGGUUUCGUCAAUGGGGUCAUUUGGAGGUCGGACGCUAUCAACCGCUCUCCUAUCUUCUGCGACAUCUCGAUGCGGAUAUUUAUGGUCGGUCCAAUGGGAUUAUUGAUGGCCAACCUUUGCAUUAUCCGAUAUCUUUCAUCGGUGGUGACUCCAAACCGAGUCGUGGAUGGUAAAAGCGAUAAACGAAAAAGAUUGUUCCUUGACUACCUACUAUGUCUUGGUUUUCCAUUGGUCCUUGCUGGGGUUGCAGUCAUAUAUCAGGCAGGACGUUUUGAAGUUAAUAGGCUUGCGGGAUGCUCAAACAUUUCGGCUCUUGUGUGGCCCACCUUCGUUUUGUCAAUCAUAUGGCCCCCCAUCAUAUGUGGCGUCUCUUGCGGAUACUCAUUAUAUGUCAUGUACUGGUUGGCUCGUCGCCAUCACAACUUGAAACAGCUUUUGGGAAGGUCUAGCUCACCCUUGAACAUGUCUCGUUUUACUCGCAUGGGAGCAUUUUCGGCCACGUACUUUUUAAUCUCAGCACCUGUCACCGCGUACGGCACACACGAGAUCAUAGUGGCGUCAGGUCCAUACAUUCCCUGGGAAUCAUGGGCAACGGUGCACAAUUCAUGGAAUAAGCUAUCAGAUGUCCGACAGAAUCCACUGUAUCAGUAUCAGCUGCGUGACUGGCUAUCCAUCACCGCCGGACUUGUUCUCUUUGUUUUCUUCUCAUUCGGGGGAGAGGCUUCCUUGUUUUAUCUCAAGAUCUUCCACUGGAUAUGCCCGGGGAAGUUUGCGAGGAUCUGGAAACGCAAAACAGAGGUUCUGUUACCUAUUCAUGCCUCAGCCCAACAUUCUGAGAAGAAAAUUAUUCAGACGAACUCAUCGCAAAGCUCUUUCACCACUCAGGAGAGGCACGAAGCUACGAGGGACUCAUGCUCGCAAACUAAUUCACACCUCAAGAAUAUGCUGUAUCUUCACGGCCAGCCUACCAAUAUACGCUCGGGACAGGAGGCGCCUGGUAUACUCGUAUCUGUUGUACAGGCUGAAAGUUCAACCUUAUCAGAGCAUUGAGCACGGAUUCUCAUUUUGAUAGGUAUUCUUGGCUUUAAGGACGAGAUAUAUCUUGACACUCAAACAUUUCAUAAAAUGUAUAUUCCGUACUACCAAUCAUCGUUUUUGUCAAUUGUGCCAUAGCUAAACCGAAAUAAAAUUUUGCUCGUGUUUUCGAUUCUCACU